GCCACUCCCACAAAGCAGGCCACACCUACAAAAGAGGUUCUAAAAUUUUUUUGAAACCCUCCACUGAUCUGAGGCCUUCCGAAAUCCUGGCCUCACUGUUUGUACAACCCCAAUGUUUAAAUUGCAAAUGGUGAAUAGAGGAACUAUUUGUAUGUAGUUUACAUGAUAUUCAGCCAAAUGGUGGACAUUCAGCCAAAUGGCAAAAACAUUAGCUAAAAACAUGGUAAACACUUUAAUGAAAAUCAGGUUUUGGCCUGAAAUUGGCAAAACGUUUGUUUCAAAAGAUAGAAUGGAAAACUAAUUGUAUUUCUACAUUUCAUGUGUGGUGAGAGAGAGAGAGAGAGAGAAAGAAGUAAAAUCCUCAAUGUUGUCCUUUUUGUUCUUUCUCCAGCUCGGUUUUGCAGUUGGCAAUGUAGUUGGAAUGUAUUUGGCCCAGAACUAUGAUGUUCCAAACAUUGCAAAGAAGAUUGAAGACAUCAAGAGAGAUGUAGAAGCUAAGAAGAAGCCCCCAAAUGAUAAAUGAUGCUGACUAUUCAACAUAGAUGGUGUACUUUAACCAUCCAGGUGUCAAAACUUUAUUGGCUUUAAUGAAUGCUGCCAGGCCUGACCACAGAAGGCCUUAAAAGCAUUCAGGCUUAGUGUUACUAUAUCCAUGUGGCCUCCUUGCACUUGACUUUUUUUCAAAGAAAAAAAAAUCCCAUAUAUAUAUAUAUACACACACAGAGAGACAAACUGGACUUUUGUUCUUGUUGUAUUGCUUCAGUAAUACUUUAUAUUUAGUAAUAACAAGAAUCAGGAACAGAAUGAAGAUACGCCAGUAAUUAUUCCAAUCUAAAAAAAAUUAACUCUACAAAUAUUGGUAUCUUAUUUGUAAGAUAGCAAAUGUCUGAUAAAAAUCUUGUUGCUAAAAUAUGAUCUUUCUAUUUUAUUUUUGGGCAUUCCUGCAACAUAUAUGGUCAGUAAAUUGAAUGUCAAAAUGUUGAGCAGUUCAUAGAGGUAUGAUGCCAAUAGGCUUCAUUCAUUGUUUGUAAAAAUUGUAAAAAAAAUAAUUAAAAUUUGAACACCUUAAAUAUACCUUCAUAGAGGUAUGAUGCCAAUAUCCUCCAUUCAUUGUUUGUAAAAAUUGUAAAAAAAAUAAUUAAAAUUUGAACACCUUAAAUGAAUUGUUGUAUCAACAAAAAUGUACUCAUCUUCCAAUUCUUAGCUGGUAUUUUUGUUAAUAAUGUUUUUAAGAUUUUACCAUUCUGGUAUAACUAGGAAUUGAUGGAUUCUUGUACUUGCAUCCCGAUGAUGAAAACAUGAACCAAACUACGCAAAGUUACUGGCUUGUAUCUGUUGAAGCCCUUUCUUGAAACAAAGAAAGAUGCAUGUAUUUAAAUAUGGUAACUCUCAUUGGAAACAUUUAAGAAGAGACUGGACAAUCAUUGAAGACAUUGCAUUGCCUAUAUAGGGGGUAAGCAUACCUAUUGCCCCCUCUAAACAUUUUUGUAUCCUCCUCUGACUGAUCACUCUAUUAAAUGUUGCUAAUGGAAAUGCUGAUAAUUGGCAACAGGGUUAGUCUGAUUUUAAAAUAAUCUAUCCCAAAUGCAAAUCUCCUUCUCUACCGAAACCCUUCCUUACCACAAAUAUCAAAGGUUUGGCUUCCUAAGGUUGAAUAAUGGACUAGAUAAUAUGCUUGUGGCCAGAUGAACAUGGAACCUAGAAUGCUAGUUUUGUAUCAUAUGCUAAAUGGAUUGCCUAUAAAUUUACACGAGAAUUGCUUGAAUUUAUUGUUUUGGUAAGCAAGUUUUGGUAAUCGUAGGUGUGGGGUUUUAAUAAUGCUCCUAUACUAUGUUGAGUAUGGCUUUAUGGAUUACCAUGUGCAUUUAAAAUGUGUGUAUUAUAACAAAAAUAAAUAAAUACUAAAAUAUUGCUUUUAAAA